AUGUCCGUCCUCUUCGCCGCCCUCUUCCUCACCCUUACCCUCUUCCUUUCCGUCUUCUCCGAACGUCUCCCUACCAAGAGUUGGUCCAACUCGAUAAAGGCAGCUUACGGCCAUGGUAGCAGCAAGCAAGCCCAAGGGGAGGGCCUAUCGGUUGAGAGACAGGUGGAUCACACAAUGUCUCAUGCGGAGUGUAAGAGGGAAUUCCCGCUGCUGUUUGAUCAAUUGGAAGAGAAUGCUGCUGCCUGGCGGUACAAGGGCGGCAUCAAGUACCGUAAUCUCGAAGAAGCGAGCGCAAAGUGUAUAGAUGGUUGUGCGCGCUUCAUCAUCAAGGAUGGUCGAAUCUUUAUCCGCAAUUAUACCGUGGGACCGCAGAGUCGGGUCAGAGGAGUCUUGACACUCUUUCGCACCGCGGUGGAGGCGGCAAGCGCUGCAGACAAGGCGCGCUUUGAGGGCGUCGACGUUAUACUGAACGCGCUUGACAGUGAUGAGACUGACGCUGGAGACGGCGUAGGCUGGGUCUUGACGAAGGAGGGAUCUGAUCCGCCCGGACGAUAUCUAUUGCCCGACUUCUCCUUUGCUGCCUGGCCCGAGGCAGGUAUUGGAUCCUAUGGCGAGUUCCGCAGAGACGCAAAGGCCAUCAAUGAGGCCAUGACCUGGCACCAAAAGGCGGACAGGGCUUUCUUCCGAGGCGAUCCUAGUGUGGGCUCGGCUGCGAGAGCCGACUUGAUGGAGCAGGUCAAAUUGCCGGGUGCGAGCGUCUGGUCCGACGUCCGUGCUACAAGCUUCUUCGAUGAAAGCGCACACAUUGCUCCGCAUGUACCCAUUGCUGAGCAUUGCAAGCACAAGUACCUCCUACACAGCGAGGGGAUCUCCUACUCUGGACGCUCUAAAUUCCUAUUGGGAUGCUCCAGCGCUGUGAUCACUCACAAUUUGACGUGGACACAACACUUUCACCCAGCAUUGAUCAGCAAUCCGCAGAGUCCUGAUCAAAAUGUCCUGAUACCCCCAGAGCCUUAUUUCCAUCACCUCGCAGAAUUCAUGGCCGAUCUCCACGCGCAAGACGUGGGGGCCUACGCCACAAGCGGGAUGUCCCUUGGCCAAAGAGUAGCAGCAAAUGCUGAGCGGACCCUUGUGCAGCGGUAUCUGUCCCCCGCAGCGACGAUGUGCUACACAAGAGGGGCACUGAUCUCAUACAGCUCGGUGUUGGAUCGCACCAGCUUUCCUGGAGGGCAGACGGAGGUUCUGCCUGGAGGAGGCGUUGUGCCGAAUAGUGGGAUGAGGCCAAUGGAGGAUCUGAGGCAGUCGAUCAAGGGCGAUAUUGAUCUGACUACUUGGGAGCUGUUGGAUCACCCUAUCUGGCCGCCCUAAGGGCUGGGUAUAGCAUAGCUAUUGUAUCAUUUCCUGCAUCAUGGACAAGUAUUGACCUUCUCCUGUGCUUGUAUGUGUGCGAGUGUUGCGAAGCUCUCUUUUGGAGGUG